AUGGAUUACUACAGAAAACAUGCAGCUAUUAUUCUGGCCAUAUUGACUGUGUUUCUACAUAUUAUCGAUUCCUUUCCUGAUGGAGAAUUUGCAAUGCAGGGUUGCCCAGAAUGCAAACUAAAGGAAAACAAAUACUUCUCCAGGCUGGGUGCUCCAAUUUAUCAGUGUAUGGGCUGCUGCUUCUCCAGAGCAUAUCCCACUCCAGCAAGAUCUAAGAAGACAAUGUUAGUCCCAAAGAACAUCACCUCAGAAGCUACAUGUUGUGUGGCUAAAGCAUUUACCAAGGCCACAGUAAUGGGAAAUGCUAAAGUGGAAAACCACACAGAAUGCCACUGCAGUACAUGCUAUUAUCACAAAUCUUAA